GUUCUGACUGGCGGUCUGGGGACGUACCAGUGGGCGGCUCCAGAGGUGCUGGCGCACCAGCGGUACAGCGAGAAGGCGGAUGUGUACAGCUUCGGUAUCGUCCUGUGGGAAUGUCUGACUCGGAAGCUGCCGUACGAGGGUAUGACGGCCGUCCAGGCGGCUCUGGGUGUCGUGACACACGGGCUCCGACCCGACAUACCCCGGGUCACCCCGCACGACGUGGCGGACCUGGUGCGGGCCUGCUGGGCAGCGGUGCCUGAGCAGCGACCUUCCUUCGCACAGAUU